CCUCGCCCACAGCAAAGUCUCCCCGUUCCCAUCACCCUAAAGUCUCCUCCUCCUUUCACUGAUUGACAGGCAGCCCUCCCUCUCUUCCACAGCAUUGCCAGCCUCUGUUCCUCGUUGCACCCACCCCUGGGUGACUGAGCCUUUGCUCUCCUCCCAUCUUUCUGUGGGUGCCCUGCCUUGUGUGUGUGCUUCCCCCUCCCCCUGUGUCACAGGACAGCCUCUCCCCCUGUAUCACAGGACUCAGUCAGCACCCCCUUUGGCUUCUGUAUGACAGGACGUUUGUACCCGGCUCUCUACACCAUGAAGGGCUGAUCGGGGAGAAGAGAGGAGCAAAGGCAGCCUGCCAUUCUGUACGAGCCAAAUGGUGGAGAACUGAUGCAGGAGGCGAUUUGUGCAUAUCCCAGGGGUGGCUGCUGCUCGUGUAGACAGGUGCAGAACAGAUUUGGAUACUAAUUGCCAGGAAAGAGCCAAAAAUUUAAAAUACAUAUAUAUAUGAAAACGGAAUAGAGCGGCCACAUAAACAUCUCUCUCUCUAGACCUGAAUAUCCAGCCUGGAUCACCAUGGCAACCAAAAAAUACAAUUAAAAAGGCAACUGAGGCAGAAGCAGAUGAAUAGGUUGCGCCUUACCUCACUGGACAGGAAAAAGUGAAAUAAUUAUGCAAAGACUCGGUAGCUUUGUGAUGGAUAAGAUCGCACACUGGAGAAUGGAAAAGACCCAUUAUUAAAAAAAAGAAAAAGGAAGGAAUGUGCCUGUGCUACCUCCAAGAAACCGGAGUGCCAUGACAUAUGCUGAGAAGACAAUCUCUUUGCAGCUACAUUUUUCCAUUUCUUCACACCCCUGAUGGGAACAUAUUUGGACUUUCCUUGUGGCCCAUCACAUAUUGGAAGUCAUCCUUUUUUCUGAACAUAAGGCUAGUGAAAAAGAAAGUCUCUCUCUCUCAGAAAGUGACAAAAGAGGGAACACAAAGUGGGAGAAAGUGUUUAUUUGUUCCUCUCUAGCAACAGCCUGCUAUACCAUGGGAUGUCGUCAAAGCGCAGAGGAGAAAGAGGCAGCCCGGCGCUCGCGCAGGAUUGACCGUCACCUGCGGUCUGAAAGCCAGCGCCAACGUCGGGAAAUUAAGCUCCUUCUUCUGGGCACCAGCAAUUCAGGCAAAAGUACAAUUGUGAAGCAAAUGAAAAUUAUCCACAGUGGGGGCUUUAACUUGGAGGCCUGCAAGGAGUACAAGCCUCUCAUCAUUUACAAUGCCAUUGACUCACUCACUCGUAUCAUCAGGGCCCUAGCUACACUCAAGAUUGAGUUUCAUAACCCUGACAGAGCUUAUGAUGCGGUGCAACUCUUUGCAUUGACUGGCCCAGCUGAGAGCAAGGGAGAAAUCACAGGGGAACUCCUUGGUGUGAUGAAGCGGCUGUGGGCUGAUCCUGGAGUGCAGGAGUGCUUCUCUCGAUCCAAUGAAUAUCACCUGGAGGACAAUGCUGCCUACUACCUCAAUGACCUGGAAAGAAUAGCGGCCAUUGAGUAUAUCCCUACUGUGGAGGAUAUUCUACGCUCUCGUGACAUGACUACUGGUAUUGUAGAGAAUAAGUUCACGUUCAAAGAGCUCACUUUCAAGAUGGUGGAUGUGGGUGGCCAAAGAUCCGAGCGCAAGAAAUGGAUCCACUGCUUUGAAGGUGUCACUGCGAUAAUAUUCUGUGUGGAACUUAGUGGGUACGACUUGAAACUGUAUGAGGACAACCAAACAAGCCGUAUGGCAGAAAGUCUUCGACUAUUUGAUUCCAUCUGCAACAACAACUGGUUCAUAAACACCUCGCUCAUUCUUUUCCUCAACAAGAAGGACCUCCUAGCUGAGAAGAUACAACGCAUCCCGCUAACGGUCUGCUUCCCUGAUUACAAGGGUCAGAACACAUACGAGGAAGCAGCUGUCUAUAUCCAACGUCAGUUUGAGGACUUAAACCGCAACAAGGAGACCAAGGAGAUUUACUCACACUUCACCUGUGCUACGGACACAAGCAACAUUCAGUUUGUAUUUGAUGCAGUGACAGAUGUCAUUAUCCAGAACAAUCUAAAAUACAUCGGCCUGUGCUAAGUAUUCCUCUUGUGGCCCGCACAGGGAAAGUGGUGUGUUUAUAGCCCUGGUCAUUUGUCAGGGGAUAAAGCAAACACAGAGGCAGAGGGCUGCACUCAGGAGUUCCCCACAUACUGCACUGAGAAUCCAGUAAAAAUCCCUCACCUAUUCACCUGCACAAACUUUCCAUUAAAAAAACAGGGGAAGGUGUUGUCAGUAUGUAUGGUAAAACGGGGUCUCUAAAGAUUCUGGUCUCUUACCUGAAAGAUGCCAUUUCUCUUCUCCCUGCAUCUUGUAUGUGUGUGUUUAUGUAUGCGUCUAUUUGUGACUGAUUGGUGUCUAGAGUGUUGAUCUAUGAAAGAAAUAUUUCUGAUUCCUUGUUUUUAUUUUAUUUUAUAUUCAGGGUGAUUGAACUGAGCCAGGAAAGAAGCUGGCUGUUAUCUUGCUCAUUUUUGUUGACAGGGGAUUGCAAAUACUUUUAUGCCAACAUGAACAAACAAGAAAAAGAAAACCAAUAAGCAUUGUUCCGAUCACUUUUGGCAUUUCUGUACGUGCCAUAAGUGUAAAUUAUACAGGGUUGACGUGCUUUAUAUUUUCCAUUGACUAUGAGUAUGUUGUGCAUUUGCAACUGUCAGAAAAUGUGUGGUUAAAAAUAGGAACAAACAUGGUCUUGCAGGGCAAAUGAAAAGCAUUUGAAGCCAGUGUCUCCUAGCCAAGAUUGGCAAUGUUUCACCUGGCUGGCCAAAAUCUCCUAUCACAUACAGUGCAGUGCUGUCAAUAACUGUUAUACACGCUUUACACAAUUGUGCAACAUCAUGGAAAUGCCACGUCUAGAAGCAAAGCAGUGUUUGACAAUUUGUCUGCCAGAGACCUAUUUUUCCGAUAUCUAAAAUGGUAAAUUCUGCAGACCUUAUAACAUAUGUGGCUGCAAAUAUAUGACUGCCUUUGCUUAUAUACUAAUAUAUGCUUUCCCCUGUGGUACUUGGAGUGGCAAAACCUGGAUUUUGGUUCUGUGCUGAUAUAAUACAGAAGCAGCCUAAUAUUUAUCCCAAAAUGGACCCCCUACUAAUAAAGAUGAGACCAAGCUGCAGGUUACCAACACACAGGUUCUGGCUUGGACCAGUCUAUAUUUUAUACAAAACUUUCCAAUAUAUUUUUUCUCUCCAUGUUUGCAAAGAAAGGUAACAUGACCAGUUUAGGAGUAUGUCAUAUGUGGGGUUUUGCCAGCAUGAAUUUUCUCUAAAAAAAAAGUGCAACAAAAUUUAAGGGACUGAUGUGGAUAGUCCCAAGUUUGGAUAAAGGCAAGCACCAUAAAUCUUGCACAACUACUACUUAAAAACAAGACUGCAGCAUGUUCAAUAUGCAGUCAUUGCAAUUGUUCCCAGUGGGAACUGAUCCUCAAUAGUUUUUUUCUUGGAAAAAAAGAACCCUGUGGUGACAAAAUGCUACUUUGGAAGUUGAUCAGCUUAGGACCAAAUAAUUAUCAAGAACUCAGCAGACUUGUGUUGUUCAGCAAAUUUUAGCUAAAACUGAACAAUAAGCUCACUGGUUUGCAUUCACUGAUUCCACAUGAGACAUUUUAUAAGCAGUUCCAAAAAGAAUUCAUAGUUUACCCUCUGGAACAUGCCCCCUUCUGGCUCUCCUGUAACAACAACGAUUCUAAUGCAAAGGGUUUCUCUGUAGUAGCAGAGUAACAGGAGUGGUGCUGAAAGACACCAGCUGCCAAGUCAUAUGAUGUUUUUCAUACAAAGAAAAAGCAGGACCUUUUCAACGCAUUUUAAAGAUGUGCUCAAGUAUUUUAAUUUAACACUGGAAAAAAAUAUAACACUGGCUAUUUAUUUUGCAA